AUGGAUAAAAUAUGCAACUUAUGCCAAGCAAUAAAAUGGGCGGCUGAAGCUCCUGGAAUAUGUUGUAGUGGUGGCAAAGUAAAUAUACCUAAAAUUCCGGCACCAACAUCAGUUUUUAAAGAACUGAUAUCAGGCUCACAUCCAUCUUCAAAGCAUUUCUUAAAUCACUCAAGACAAUAUAAUACACUUUUUCAGAUGACUUCAUUUGGUGCCAAAGAAAUUCGUGAGGGAAACUUCAUGCCGACUUUUAAAGUCCAGGGGCAAGUUUAUCAUUUGAUCGGUAAUUUACUUCCAGCUGAAGGUGCACAACCCGAAUUUUUGCAAAUAUAUUUUGUUUCUCAUGCAGAUCAGGUAUCCUUGCGCUCAAAUUUAAAUCCAACCUUGCAAAUCUACCUUAUCGACGCUCUCCAAACAUAUCUUAACGAUCAUAAUAUGUAUAUUCAAAGUUUUAAAUACAAUCUCGAAAAUAGACCAACGAAUGAUUUUAAACUUAUUAUUCAUGCUGAUGUGAAACCUCCUAACGAGCAUCGAGGUCGGUAUAAUGCGCCAAUAGUAGAUGAAGUAGCUGUUCUUUUGAUAGAUGAAGACAAAGGUCCCCGAGAUAUUGUGUUGAAUGCGAGAGAUGGUAGACUUCAACGAGUUUCUGAAAUUCAUAGAUCUUAUGACCCACUUCAAUAUCCUUUACUGUUUCCCUUUGGAAAUGACGGAUACUGUAUAAAUAUUCCACAACAGAAUACUGCUGCUAGAUCUAAAACUGUAUCAUGUAUGCAGUUUUAUGCAUUUAGAUUCAUGGUGAGAAUAAAUGACUUUAACAGCAUACAUUAUUUCAAAGGAUUAUUCAACCAAUAUUGUGAUGAUAUGGCGGCAAAAAUGAUUUCUGAGAGGCUUGACUUCAUCAAAAGAAAUCAAAAAAAAUUGAGAGCAGAAGAGUACAUUCAUUUAAGAGAUGCCGUGGUUAAUGAUGGCAAUAUAGACGGUUCUAAUAUUGGCCAGCACGUUAUAUUGCCGUCGUCAUUUACAGGAUCCCCCAGAUACAUGAAUGAAAAAAGUCAAGAUGCCAUGACAUACGUCAGGAAGUUUGGAAGACCAGAUCUCUUUAUUACAUUCACAUGUAACUCCGAAUGGCCAGAAAUAAAAAUUGAGUUAUUACCCGAUCAAAAUUCUUACGACAGACAUGAUUUGGUUUCUAGAGUAUUUCAUUUAAAACUCAAGAAAAUGAUAGACCUAUUAACGAAGAAAAAUAUCUUUGGACCAUCGAAAGCCUUCGUUUACAGCGUAGAAUGGCAAAAAAGAGGUUUACCUCACGCCCACAUUUUAUUGUGGCUGGCUAACAAAGUACAACCAGAUUCUAUAGAUGCAAUAAUAUCGGCUGAAAUACCUGACCAACAACAAGAUCCAAUUCUUCAUAAUAUUGUCAUAAAAAAUAUGAUACAUGGUCCUUGCGGAUUUCACAAUCCUGCGUCACCAUGUAUGAAAGAAAACAUUUGUUCUAAAAAGUACCCUAGGCAUUUUAUUUCUGAAACACAAACUGGGGAUGACGGUUACCCAACCUACAGGCGCAGGUCUCUAGAUAAUGGUGGAAAAACAGCAACAAUUCGUGUCAAAGGUACAGAAAUGAGCGUGGAUAACAGGUGGGUUGUUCCCUAUAAUCCAGUGCUAUCACGAAGUUUCAAUGCACACAUUAACGUAGAGUUUUGUCAAUCGGUCAAAGCUAUUAAGUACAUCUGUAAGUAUAUUCAUAAAGGUUCUGAUCAAGCCACAUUUUCGUUGCAAAAUAAUAAUAAUGAAGUAGAAAAAUAUCUAAAUGGUCGCUAUAUAAGUUCCUCGGAAGCGCUCUGGAGAUUUUUCCAAUUUCCUAUUCAUGAACGUUUGCCGGCAGUAGUUCAUUUAGCAAUUCAUUUGGAAAAUGGACAAAGAGUUUAUUUUUAUAAUAAUGAAAAUCUCCAAGAUCGCGUCAACAAUCCUUCACCAACGACACUUACAGCGUUCUUUGAUCUUUGCAAAAGAGACAAUUUUGCAAAAACCCUUUUAUAUCACGAAGUACCCCAGUAUUACGUAUGGGGAAGAAAUUCUUUUUCUAGAAGAAGACGUGGGCAAGAUGUUGAUGGAUAUCCCGGUGUAAAAAAAGACACAACUUUAGGCCGUGUCUACAACAUUCAUCCAACACAAACUGAAUGUUAUUAUUUAAGAAUGAUACUGCAACAUGUUCGCGGUCCAAUGUCGUUUGAACAUCUAAGGACCGUUAAUGGUGUUAUUUUCCAAAGUUAUCAAGGCGCUUGCAAGGAAUUAGGUUUACUGGAGGGAGAUGAACAUUGGCAAAAUACCAUGUCAGAUGCUGUCAUGUCUGAGCCAGCCACAAAAUUAAGAGAAUUAUUUACCAUCAUUCUCAUAUUUUGCCAGCCAUCUGACCCCUUAGAGUUAUGGAAUAAAUUUCGAAAUGAUUUAUGUGAAGAUAUAUUAAACAGAAUGCGUAAUGAGAAUCAGGAUAUGACAUUAGCAUAUAGUGAUGAUAUAUACAAUGAUGGACUUAUCAUAAUUGAAGAUAAGAUUCAUGAGAUUUGCGAUAAAUCAUUAACUGAUUUUGGGCUUCCUGCAUCAAAAAGGAAUAAUUCACAUAAUAAUUUGGAUCCGUUAGAAGUAGCGUUGCGAAAGCCGUAUGAUGUAAAUGAAUUAAAUGAGUAUAUUACUGAAAAUGAACCAAAAUUAGUUAAUACCCAGGUGACGGCGUACAAUCGUGUUAUGCACAGUGUUCUUUUUAAUGAAGGAAAAAUUUUUUUUUUGGAUGCUUCAGGUGGAACUGGCAAGACUUUCAUUACUAAUCUGAUAUUAGCAAAAGUAAGGUCUCAGGGAAAACUAGCUUUAGCAGUAGCGUCGUCAGGGAUCGCUGCAACUUUAUUAGCAGGUGGACGCACAGCUCAUUCCACUUUUAAACUGCCUCUAACUGUUUCUUUACAGAAAGAUAGCGUGUGCUCUAUUCGCAAAAAUGGCCCUUUGGGAAAAGUUUUGCAAGACGUCACUUUAAUAAUCUGGGACGAAUGUACCAUGAUCCAUAGAGCUCAUGUAGAGGCUCUAGAUAGGACUCUUAGAGAUAUUAGAAGCUGUGAUAAAAUCAUGGGUGGGAUUACUGUUAUGUUUGCUGGGGAUUUUCGUCAAACUUUACCGGUAAUAGUAAGGGGAACUAGAGCAGACAUUGUAAAGUCUUGCCUUAAAAGUUCCCCAUUAUGGAAGUUUGUUCAUACCUUAAAACUAUCUACGAAUAUGAGAGCACAUUUGGGGGGAGGUAGUACAAAUUUUCCUUCAAAGCUACUUUUAAUAGGAGACGGGAAAGUACCUCAUUUUGAAAAUAAAAUUGAAAUUGAUCGCGAUUUAGGAGAAAGAGUGACUAGCAUUGAGGAUUUAAUAUCGAAAGUUUACCCUGAUAUCGUCGAAAUAGAAAACAAAGAUUAUCCAUGGAUGUGUCAAAGGGCAAUAUUGGCGGCGAGAAACAGUAGCGUUGACGAAAUUAACGAGCUAAUUUUAACUAAACUUCCAGGAGAUGAAGUUACCUACACAUCUAUUGAUAAUGUAAUGGAUCAAGAAGAUGCGGUCCAUUACCCACAGGAGUUUCUUAAUUCUUUAAACCCGAGUGGCCUUCCCCCACAUUCACUCAAGUUAAAAAUAGGUGCCCCAAUAAUUUUACUUAGAAAUCUUAAACCACCAAAUUUAUGUAACGGGACCCGACUUCAAGUCAAAUUUCUUCGCAACAAUGUGAUCGUUGCAAUAGUUUUGACUGGUCCAGCAGUAGGUCAAACAGUUCUUAUACCUCGCAUCCCAAUGAUUCCAAAUGAUUUACCUUUUAAUUUUAAAAGGAUUCAAUUUCCCGUUAAGUUAUCUUUUGCCGUAACAAUUAAUAAAUCACAGGGGCAAACAUUUAAACACGUAGGAAUCGAUUUACGUCAAGACUGCUUUUCACACGGCCAACUAUAUGUAGCGUUUCAAGAUCGGGUUGCGGAGAAAAUCAGUAUGUUCUUCUGCCACAAGAAAAUAAAACUAAAAAUGUCAUUUACGCAGAACGUGAUAGCUACGAGUAUAUUUAAGCUACAUGAGCCACAGACGGACGGACAGACAGGUGGACAUGACGAAGCUAUAAGGGUUUCUAGUCUCCUGACUAUUAAAACGAAUGAACUCAGAGAUUUGACGAACCAUGUCGUGACUGGUGUUUUCAAUUGA